AUAUAUCCUAUUUAAUUUUUUUCUCUCUGGGGCUCACCAGUCUUUCCAGUUGUUCUUCAAGUGUGUGCUGCCCUCUUCUUCUCUCAUAGGGUGAGAACACACUAAACCGCCGAGAUGUCAGAAAAAAAAAUGACCUCCAGCCGUAGGCAUCAUCUGAAGAGCCUGGUGCUCUCCAUUGCCUUCGGUCUGAUGGAAGCUGAAGCCAAGCAGCUUGUUGUUGAUAAGGAGUCUCAUAUGAAUGAACACUGCCCUGCUCUCGAUCUGCCUGGAUCCGUGCAAGACCUGCAGGACCUGUGCAAGAAGCUUCACCAACAGAUCGACAAGGUUGAUGAGGAGAGAUAUGACUUGGAGGCAAAGGUUGCCAAGUCAAACAAGGAGAUUGAGGAUCUGAAGAUCAAGGUGGUCGACCUGCAGGGCAAGUUCAAGAAACCUGCGCUGAAGAAAGUGCGCAUGUCUGCUGACGCUAUGCUUCAGGCUCUGCUGGGCUCCAAACACAAGGUCUCCAUGGACCUGAGAGCCAACCUCAAACAAGUCAAGAAGGAGGUCAAAGAGGAGUCUGCAGAACAAGUCGGCGACUGGCGUAAGAACAUUGAGGAUAAGGCUGGUAUGGACGGCAGGAAGAAAAUGUUUGAGUCCGAGGCUUAAGAUGUAUUGUGUUUAUUCUCCCAUAUGUCUUAAAAAUUCUCUGGUAAACAUCUUUCUAUCCUGUGAACCUCCCGUUCCAAUAAAAAUAUUUUUCCUGGACUGUUUUGCACAUUGUACGUUGUUCCAGUGUUGAAUGGCAUGGCAUUAAAGAUUAGUGUAUACAUA